AUGCGGGCGGGGAGCGGUGGCGCAUGUGGGCACGUGGUGUACCACGAGUGUGGGCACGUGGUGUACCACGAGUGUGGACACGUGGUAUACCACGAGUCUGGGCACGUGGUGUACCACGAGUGCGGGCACGUGGUGUACCACGAGUGCGGGCACGUGGUGCACCACGAGUGCGGGCACGUGGUGCACCACGAGUGCGGGCACGUGGUGCACCACGAGUGCGGGCACGUGGUGCACCACGAGUGCGGGCACGUGGUGCACCACGAGUGCGGGCACGUGGUGCACCACGAGUGCGGGCACGUGGUGCACCACGAGUGCGGGCACGUGGUGCACCACGAGUGCGGGCACGUGGUGCACCACGAGUGCGGGCACGUGGUGCACCACGAGUGCGGGCACGUGGUGCACCACGAGUGCGGGCACGUGGUGCACCACGAGUGCGGGCACGUGGUGCACCACGAGUGUGGGCACGUGGUGUACCACGAGUGUGGGCACGUGGCGUACCACGAGUGUGGGCACGUGGUGUACCACGAGUGUGAGCACGUGGUGUACCACGAGUGUGGACACGUGGUGUACCACGAGUGUGGACACGUGGUGUACCACGAGUGUGGACACGUGGUGUACCACGAGUGUGGGCACGUGGCGUACCACGAGUGUGAGCACGUGGUGUAUCACGAGUGCGAGCACGUGGUGUACCACGAGUGUGGGCACUGUGAGCACGUGGUGUACCACGAGUGCGGGCACGUGGUGUACCACGAGUGCGGGCACGUGGUGUACCACGAGUGCGGGCACGUGGUGUACCACGAGUGCGGGCACUGUGGGCACGUGGUGUACCACGAGUGUGGACACGUGGUGUACCACGAGUGCGGGCACGUGGUUUACCACGAGUGUGGACACGUGGUGUACCACGAGUGUGAGCACGUGGUGUACCACGAGUGUGGGCACGUGGUGUACCACGAGUGUGAGCACGUGGUGUACCACGAGUGUGGGCACGUGGUGUACCACGAGUGUGGGCACGUGGUAUACCACGAGUGUGGGCACGUGGCGUACCACGAGUGCGGGCACGUGGUGUACCACGAGUGCGGGCACGUGGUAUACCACGAGUGCGGGCACGUGGUGUACCACGAGUGCGGGCACGUGGUGUACCACGAGUGUGGGCACGUGGUGUACCACGAGUGUGGGCACGUGGUGUACCACGAUUGUGGGCACGUGGUGUACCACGAGUGCGGGCACUUAUCCACCGGCGUGUAA